AUGGUCGGGGUUAUUCUUGGAGAAACGCAGGUGUUCAAAAUGCUAUCCAAAAGGGUGAUUUUUGAACGGCAAGAAGGUGCUCGCUCGAUGAUCGAAAGAUGGCAGGUGUUCUAUCGACAGACUGUAGCGGCAACUGCGCUCGAGGGUGGAAACAGCCGUUGUGGAAGAGUACGCAGGUGA